CCCCGACCGGGUCUACGUGUCUGCAAUACAAGGAGCAGAACUAUAUACCGCCUGCAAUACAAGGAGCAGGAUUAUAUACCGCCUGCAAUACAAGGAGCAGGAUUAUAUACCGCCUGUGAUAUACCGCCUGCAAUACAAGGAGCAGGAUUAUAUACCGCCUGUGACAGACGGCCAGAAGUCCUGCCGUAUACUGCACUUUUCCCAUCUUCUCUGCCUGCUGAAUUAUGGGGCGAAUCAUGAGGCGGUGGAUACUGAGCUCAGCUCUAGUGGAAACGCUCUUAUUUUCGGGGUGUCUUCUUGGCUGGAAUUCGCUGAGCCCCAUCCUGAUAGAUGUGGGGGUGCUGUCUCAGGACUGUCACUCAGAUCUGGAGCGGUCAGAAGAGCGGAGUAACGAUACUGGACGUGCAGAGGCGGUGUCUUCCAUGGCGGAGUUAAUAUUGGGGUCCAGGAGCAAUAAACCCCAAGAUCCCUGCACAUCUCAAGAGCAAAGCCUCACCUUAGGGUUCACAGUGGGGACAUUCUUCAUCUGGGGGGCCUUUCUGCCCCUCCAGCUGCUUUUGGGAUACGUCCACAUCAGGUCACUGCGCCAGAUUGGAGGAGCCCUGGUGUCCGUCUCCUGCCUGAUGCUCGUGUACUGCCUUGUUAAGCCACAAACCCUGUCCCUGUUCCUGCCGUUUGCACUGAUCGCGCAGGGCCUCGGAGGAAGCUGUGUCCUCUUCUCCUCUCUCAUGCUCCCACAUAUCUUGGAGGACGUUGGGCCUCUCUUCCCUUCCCUGGUGAUUGCAAGCUUCUCAGCCUCAGCGACAAUCUUCACCAUCAUUAAGGUCAUUUAUUUUUCGGGGAUCCCCAUUGUCCCCAUAAUUUUAGGAUACGGGACCAUGUCCUGUGCGAUGGUCCUGAACAGUACUCUUUGCUGGUGCCUCAGCCCACCUAGAGAGAAAGAGGACACCAUGUACAGUGUCAGUCUGCGGCUGAACUGCUACGAGGCCAUGAACAAGAAGAAGCCCCAGGAGGAUGAGUGGUGCCAGAAGUCUCUGAAACACAAGUUCCAGAACUCUCUAAAGGACAGAGAAAGAAUCCUGAGCUUCAGGAGGACGCUGAGCUUCAAGAGGCCGGACGCUCCUGCCCAGUCACCUCUGCUGGAAAGUCUCGUCAGCCCCACGUUCCUGCUCCAUCUGCUGUCCGACUCCACGCUGCUCACCUGGAUCUACUUCUACGUCUCUUCGGUGAACUCCCAUCUUCAGAGUCAGGAGGAGGGUCGCUGGAGUCAGUCAGAUGUCUACUCCUCAGUAUUUGGGGCUCUGCAGAUGCUCGGCCUGUUUGCUGCGCCGGUGAUCUCCAUCUUACUCCAUAACCACCGACUCCGAAAAAGACCCAGAAAAACGGGCCAGACCGCGGCGAGGAAUUCUUACAAACAAGCGUGCAGCAUGAAGAGACUGUCCGCCAUCUACGCCCUCAGGAGUCUUCUCGUCAUUGGCUUUGGCAUAAGCUGUCUUAUACCUUCUCUGCAACUCCAGGUUGUCAGCUUCAUCCUCCAUGUGGCCAUCAGAGCGUCCAUGUUCCUCGUCAGCUCCACUCUCUAUCUCAGCGUGUUCCCCGGACAGCAUUUUGGAGCUCUGCUGGGAAUUAACACGUUCAUCUCUUCAAUCCUGUCCCUUGUCCAAUAUCCGAUCUUCCUGCUGCUCAUGGGGCCCCUGCGUGGGGACCCCUUCUGGAUUCACGGCACGUUCCUGGCUCUGUCUCUUGCUGCGGUCGCUCUGCCGAUCCACCGGAUGGUCACGUAUAAUCAGAGGCACCGCCGUCCACUCUCUCGCCCCAUACACCUCCACAAGGUAACCCCUCCAACCACAACCGAGGCCUGACCCAAAUGCACCACCAAUCACAGACGCCAUCUGGAAUUUUAAUUUUUUUUAUUUCCAUAAAUGAGGUGACAUGAUACCUUUAAAAAAAAAAAAAAAAAAAAAAAGUUACUAAAGCCCCGCCCACUGCCCCUGUGAACAUCCCUUCUGGUCCCGCGUCUCGUCACUUCUGGACCCUACGAAAAGUAAGUGGCACCUGAAGCUCCACCCACCGGCCUCUCUACUAUUGGACAGCACCGGAAUAGACUGAUCCACGCACGCACACCCCCAUUCCCUAACAUGGAACAGUCCAUAAGAAAAAAAUAAAAAUAUACAAAAUGACAC